CACAAACCACUCUUGCACCUUACUGUUGCGAUCUGCCACAACAGCCUCUAUGAUGUCCUUGGUGAUGGCAACGCAGUUCGGGCGCACUGCUCCGGUGACGGCAACAACCGCAAGAGUGGCUGGCAAGGGGUGGUGUAACCGGCGUUGAUGUCGCAUGGGAAAGAACCUCAGUUAGGGUUACAUGCGCGAGUAACAGCCACAAGGGUUAGGCCAGCCUCAAACCGCGCCCCGGACUCGUCGAAGGAACAGGCCUAUUUUCAUAGAGCAAAGCAGGAGAAGAUCUCCAACGACGGCGGGGCAACGUGGGUCUCUCUCGAGGACGGGGUGAGAGACGUUGGUAUAAACGUUGGCACCUAUCCCGCGCCGAAUGAGCUGAAAGGCUCGGACGGCUGGGCCGUCCUUGAAGCAAAUGGGCUUUUCGUGCGGAUACCCUUCGGCUCCCUAUCCGAUAGGGCGUCCACGCUCUGGUCCACGCUACUAGCACCAUUCGUCCAUCCCGAAGAGCACGACAGAGGCUCCCUCCGUGGUCGUUCGGAAUUGGAUGCCGCUGAGAGAAAGCUUCUGCAAGAUGCGUUGGACGCACCAAAAGGGUACUUCGGCCAACCGUGGGCCCGGUUCAGGCAAGAACCUGCCUACCGCCGCUUCUUCAAUCACGUCCUUGAUUAUUUUCUGGAGGACUCUGAUUUUGACACUGUUGAAAUGAGCCAGGCGCAGUUUCCGUUUGGGUGCGUACUGGGGACUCGCAAAUGUUUACCCGACGUCGCAGUCUACGGCAAGACGACGACGCAUGCUCUCGGCGAUCCCGCGUUUCGCCCCUCGUGUCUAGUUGGGGAGUACAAGGGAGACGUGGACCCGGCCACGGCUGAACCACAACUGGCAAUGUAUCUUGCUGGAGAAGCAAUUGUGUUGUUAAGUGUGGGGAUCUCUUAUGAUGACAUAUGCGCCAUUGGCUUCGCCCUUGGUUCAAAGCGCGUCAUCUUCUCCGCUAUGACCUUCCGACGGCAUCCGGACGACGCAAGCUGCAACUCGUCUAUACCCGAGUGCUCACUUGCGUGCCCGUUGACCUAGAAAGCCGGCAAGUGGCGACUUCCGUUGGGUGCCUCCGCAUCGCCGUGAAGCGCUAUGCGUCCCAACUGCAAGCGCUUCUUCGAGAUCAUGCCCACAGCUUCAAGCUUAAGGCAGC